AUGCUCCGCUCCCGCCGCUCCCGCCGCUCCCGCCUCCCCCCGGUGCGCGCGGCGGCGGCGGCGGCGACACGUGAUGGGGCGGCCCCGGGCGCCCCGCCCCGCCCGGGGGGCCCCGCGCCGGUCACGGACCCCCAGCCCGGCAGCGACCCCCGCCCGCCGCUCUUCUCCUCGGGGAGGGGCACGGGGGACACCGGCACCGGGAGUGGGAGCGGGAGCUUGCUGGGGGGGGGCAGCCCCGCACCUGCUGCGUCGGAAGGGAGGGACACGGGGGCUCAGCCCUGCACCGGGGAUCCCCCGGCCCGGCCGGGACGCCCGCCCGCCGCCCUUCGCCCCGGCCCGGGCGGGGCCGGUGCCGGGAACUGCGGUGGCUCCUGCGCGGUGGCGGAGAUGGAGCGGCCGGUGCCGCUGCCCCGGGGGACGCGGCCCUGGGCCCGGCACUACUACGAGGGCUUCGUGGACAAGUGGGGGCCGCGGGAUCAGGGCUACCGGAGGGUCUGGGCCGGGCUGCUGGGGCUCAAACUCGCCUUCUACACGGGGCCCCAGGACCACGAGCCCCUGGAGCUGCUGGACCUGGGCGAGCUGGUGACCGUGCAGGCCGAGGGUGGGGUGCUCGUCCUCAAGCUGAGGGGACAAGAGGUGACAAUGAAGACAGAGAGCUGGGAGAAGCAGGAGAUGUGGCGGGGAUUCAUCCUGACCAUGGCCAAGAUGAAGAUUCCCCAGGACCUGGCGCUGCUGCCCGGACACAACUUCCAGCUCCUGCAGGCUCUGCGGGAGGAGCAGGAGCACAGGGACACCCCCGUUGGGGGGGGGGUCCCCAGGGUCCCCAGCUGUUUUUUCCAGGUGACGCGUGCCGAGGCCGAGCGGCUGCUGGAGCAGAGCGUGGGCAGGGGGAACCUGCUGCUGCGGCCCGGGGGACACGGCCAGGGCGUCUCGGUCACCACGCGGCAGGAGCUGGACGGGACAGCGCUGCUGAGGCACUACAGGGUGAAGAGAGAGGACCAGGGCUACGUCAUCGACGUGGAGACCCCGCACCGCUGCUCGUCGCUGGCAGAGGUGGCGCAGUUCUUCGUGCGCCGCAGCAAGGGCAGGCUGCAGCCCCUGGAGCCCGAGUACAGCGCCCAGCUGGAGUUCGUGCCGAUGGAGGGGAGCCCCCCCCCGGCUGCGGCCGCGCUCGGGCCGGCCCUGAGGAGGCGCAGAGGCCCCCCCGGGCUGGGGCUGGUGCCCGAGGAGCAGAUCUACAUGAACGACCCCGGGAGUACGCAGGAGCUGCUCAGGGAGCUGCAGAAGAAGCUGCAGCUGCGCCAGGCUCAGUGAUGGGGACACUCUGGGGGGGUCCCGCUGGCCCCCACUCUGUGCCAGCAGCCAGCAGGGGCAGUGGGACCCCCUCACCCUCAGGGAAAGCUGUCCCCAGUGUCCCCUGGCCUGGGGUGACACUGGGGAGGGAACCCCCUCA